UCCUAGGGCUGGGCUGUUGAUUAUAGUGUGUGUUAGGGUGGGCAAUCUAACCCUAGGGAAGACACUCAAGGUUUUGAUUUCAGAUCAGAGUAGGAAACUCAAGCUCCAGAUCCUCUGUGAAGAAAGAAAGGAUAAGGCUUUCAGUUACUCUGUAGCAGAGCGUAUUGGGGAGAAGCUCCAGCUGGUAUGGGUAAGAUGGCUCACUUCCUCCAAUAAGGCCACACCUCCUAGCCCUUCUAAUACUAUCAAAGAGUUCCACCCUCUGGUGUCGAUGGAUGUUUCUUUGGUCUGCCAGCUCACAAAAAAAAUUACCCUGAGAUUUAUUAUUAAUCCCUAUAGCUUUAGGCUUGUUCCACUAGCUCUUAUAACUCAAAUUAACCCUUUUCUAUUCAUCUACGUGUUGCCAGGUGAUUUGUGGCUUUUACCUCUCCUGCAUGUCUUGCUCUCCCUGCUUCUGGCUCACAACACCUCCUUUCUUCUCCGAGUUCUCUGUUCUCAGAAGUCCCUCUUCCUGCCUAGCUAAUGGCCAUUCAGCUCUUUAUUAAACCAAUCACAGUGACACAUCUGCACACAGUGUACAGGAAUAAUCCGCAACACCCUGACUAAGUAUUCAAAUAUAUGAGUCUAUGGGGGCCAUUCUUAUUUAAAUAACGGAGGCAGGGCUGUCUGAUACCAACUUUCAUUUUUCUCUUUUGCACUCACAGACCGCUGCAGAGGAUCACACUUUUGUCCAAUCAUGUGCUGUCCAUCUAGUCCCCCUGCUAUGGGACUGGCUAUUCUUGAGGACUGGUGCAGGUGGAUGGGUGCCAAUGCCCAGCGCUCCCUGCUCAUCCUGGGUAUCCCUGAUGACUGUGAGGAAGAAGAAUUCCAGGAGGCUGUGCAGGCUGCCCUCAGGCCCCUGGGCAGGUACCGAGUGCUUGGCAAGGUCUUCAGAAAAGAGAUCGGGGCAAAGGUCGCUUUGGUUGAAUUCGCUGACAAUUUAAACCAAAGUCUGAUCCCCCAACAAAUACCAAAUGAUAGGGGGCCCUGGACUGUGAUCUUCCUGCCUCGGGUCCCUGAUAUCGAGCUACAGGACACAGUCAAUUUCCCUGCACAGGCUCACGGGCAAGCUUUGGAAGGGUCUUCAGGUGGGGCAGGGGCUUCAGGUAGAUCAGGGGCUACAAUGGAGGAAGGAGAUGUAGUUAGGGCUGUGGGUGAGGCAGGAGGAGCAGCUGAGGAAGGAGCCGAGGAUGAGGCAAGAGUACCUUUUGAGGAAGGAGCUGAGGGUGAGGAAGGAGGAGCAGAUGUGGCUCCUCCUGCCCCCUUCCUACUGGAGGAAGGAGCUGCAGCCAAGGCAAGAGUGUCAGAAGAGGAAGAAACAGAAGGUGAGGAAGGAGCGGGUGAGGCAGGAGGAGCAGCCCAGGAAGAAGCUGCAGCUGAGGCGAGCAUGCCAGAUGAGGAAGGAGCAGGGGCAGAUGGGGAAGGAGUUGUAGAUGAGGGAGGGGUUGUGUAUGAGGCAGCAGUAGUAGAUGAAGCAAGGUUGUCAGACGAGAGGGCUGUGGAUGGGGAAGAUGAUGUAGUUGAGGCAGGGGCUGCGAGCAUGUCUGAUGAGGAGGGAGCUGGAGGUGACAUGGGGGUCGCAGGUGUUAUAGGAGCUAUGGGUUGGGCAGGGGCUGCAGGUGAGGUAGGGGCUGCAGGAGAAGGAGGCGUUUUAGAGGCAGGAGCAGGAGGUGAUGAGGGGUCUGCAGGUGAUGAGGAGUCUGCAGGUGAUGAGGGCUCUGGAGAUGAUGAGGGUUUUGCAGGUGAUGAGGGCUCUGGGAGCGAUGAGGGGUCUGCAGGGGAUGAAGGCUCUGUGGAUGAUGGAGGGGCCGUGGGAGAAGCAGGAGCUGUAGGAGAGGAUGAGGCAGGAGCAGUAGGUGAGGCAAGACUGUCAGAUGAGGAGGGAGCUGCAGGUGACAUGGGAGUUGCAGGCAUUCUAGGAGCCGUGGGAUUGGCAGGAGCCGCAGGUGAGGCAGGAGGCUCGGGUGAGGAAGGGCCCUUUGAUGUGGCAGGAGGGGCACAUGGGGCUGGAGCCUGGAUCCAGCAUUGGGGCCAAGCCGUGCAGCCUAUCCUGGAAAACAUGGCCUACCAGGAGCUGAGGCACUUCUCUGGGAUGGAAGAGCCCGGCUGUGGGGGUCUGUCUUUCGAGAGCUGGUUGGACCACGCCAAUGACAUGCUAUACAUGUGGCGCCACAUAUCCGAGACGGAACGGCGUCGGCGGCUGGUCGAGAGCUUGGGCGGCCCUGCCCUGAAUCUCCUGUGUGAGCUUCUGGAAGAGAAUCCAGACACCCCUGCGCAGGACUGCCUGGCUGCACUGGUGCAGGUGUUUGGCAACAAGGAUACUAUCACAAGUUCACGGAGGUAUGUUGGGGGUGGGCAGCAGCAGGUGACGUCACCUGAGGCCCCAGGUUGCCCAAGGCCUAGGCAACAGACUUGUCGCGUGAUCCUCAUGCGCCAAUGGCUCAGCGGUCUCCCAGGCGACGCGGAGGGUCCGCGCUUCAGCGCCACAGCACCCCCGCCCCAAGUCCGCACUGCAGAGAGCGGAGGCGAGCCCGCGCCAGCGCAUUGGACGACGUGCGAAUCUCUUGAAGUUGGAGCCAUGCCAUUGAACCUGUUGCAGGACUGGUGUAGGGGGGAGCAUCUGAACACCCAGAGGUCUAUGCUGAUCCUGGGGAUUCCUGAGGACUGUAGUGAGAAUGAAUUUGAGGAGACUCUGCACGAAGCUCUCAGGCAUCUGGGAAGAUAUAGGAUCAUUGGCAGGAUGUUUAGGAGGGAGGAGAACGCCCAGGCCUUUCUGGUGGAACUUGCACAUGAUUUUGACUAUGCGUUGGUACCCAGGGAAAUAGAAGGAAAGGGUGGGCCCUGGGAAGUGAUUGUGAACCCCCCUAAUUCAGAUGAUGAAUUUCUCAAUAGACUGAACCACUUCUUAGAGGAAGAGAGGCGCUCAGUAUCAGACUUAAACAGGCUCCUUGGGACACACUCUAAUUAUUCACCUAACAAAGCAGCGAUAACAGCAGAUUUCUGGGCCUGGGCUCAGACCUUCGGUGCAGUGAUGCAGCCUCUGCUAGAACAAAUGUUCUACCGAGAACUAAGAGUCUUUUCUGGGAACACAGCGUCAGUCCCAGGGUUAUUGGCCUUUGAGUCCUGGCUUGAGCACACCACUGAGAUGUUACAGAUGUGGCAGGUACCUGAGGUGGAGAAGAGGCGGAGGCUGGUGGAAUGCUUGCAAGGCCCCGCUCUACAAGUGGUCAAUGUGCUCCGUGCCAACAAUGCUGCCGUCACAGUGAAGGAGUGCCUGGAGGCCCUGCGCCAGGUAUUUGGGCCUGUGGAGAGCCGCAGAAUGGCCCAGAUGAAAUUUUGUAAGGCUUAUCAGGAGCCAGGAGAGACAGUUUCUAACUUUGUGGUCCGUUUGGAGACCCUGCUCCAAAAAGCCCUAGAGAAAAGGGCAAUAGCACGAAGGAAUGUGAAUCAGACCCGCCUUAAACGAAUCUUAGGUGGGGCCAUCCUUACUGGAAAACUUCGAGAGAAACUUAAGCUAAUGAAACGGCGUCGGAAGCCACCUGGUUUCCUGGCCCUGAUGAGUUUAUUUCGUGAGGAGGAGGAGUGGGAAGCUACUAUGGGGGCAGAGAAUAGCUGCCCACAGGGGCUGGAAAUAGGCAGGGAGAGGGCACUGUUUGUUCCUGCCUUUGACAGUGGUCUUGAGAAAAGACCUUACCAGGGUUCCCGUCGCCGGAGGGGCAGAGGCCAGCACCGAAGGGGAGGUGUGCCCAGAGAUAGAUCUCAAGGUGCAAGAAAGCGGAAUUAUGACACAUUCUGCUAUAGUUGCGGGGAAGAAGGCCACAUCAGAGUACACUGCUUGAACCCAUCCAACCGGACCUUAGUGAAGCAGAAGAGACGGGCUGCAAUGGAGAUGGGAAACGGGGCCUGGGCUUGGGAGAAGAGCCACCCCAAGCCCAAGACCAACUAGGCUCCAGGGAACAGGGUAACCACUGUUCCCGUAAGCCAAGGAGACAAAAAAGAUGUUUGAAGGAGGGGAAAGAGCAGUUCAGAGAAAUGGCAGGGGACCUUAGUAAGGUACAAUGGCAAAAUAACCAGGCACAAGUUAAGUCCCCUAAGCCAAUGCCAGCUGGAGAAAACUCUAACAAGCAAAACUACACCACAUUCAGCUCAGUAAUGAGCAGAUGCAAGGCUCCUAGGAUGUACCAUAGGAGGAAGCCAGGAGCUGCUGCAGCUGCAUGGAGCCACAAGGACUCAGAUGGGGACAUCAGGAAAGCAGAGGCAGAAGAUAGGAAGGCUGUGACUCUAAGAAACCUAGCAACUUCCAGUCCCCAUGGGGUGUGGAGGCUGUCCUGGCCAGAGAGAACCAAUGCCUGGGGAGAAGUGCAGCAAGGCCGGGAGACAGCGCUCCGGAGAGGAGGCCGCAGGAUCCAGCCCGUCUUCAGGAUCAUCUACACUGCUCUAGGGGAGCCUCACGAGGGCAGCACCCUUGAGUCCUUUCGUGAGUGAAACACCAGGGUCCCUGGACCCAAAGGCCCCGGGACACCAGUGCCAGCCCGGAGGCAGAUCCCAUCCUGGCACCCCGGCAGGACUGUGAGUGGGGGGAAGACAGCAGUGCCCAAGAAGAUCCCCGGGCUGGGGGUGCGUACCCAGCACCAUAAGAUUUGUGCCCUCAGCUGGUCUGAGAGCCCGUGAGUGUGCAGGACAGAUUGGUGUGGACGAGGAGGUGGAAGAGCAGCAGCAGGAGGACUUGGUGGGGCGGUAGUUUGUUCUGCUCUCUUUUGUCCAGGGCUGCUGGAGAAUUCCAGAGAGCAAGCAAGGAGAGCCUGGUGAAUACAACUCGGCAGGCAGCUGCCACGGCUGGCCCCCAACCCUGCCCACCCGAGAGGGUGGCCUGGCGCUGCUGCCGAGGUGCCAUCCUCCGUCUGCCACCCACACCAGACGGGUGGAAGUUACAGAAGAGGCCGCCUCAAGGGUUCUUUCUGCCUGGCUCUCCCAACACGGAUGCCCCCUCCCCAUGGCCAUCCCGAGGGAGGCUACUCCCGCCUCUGACACCCCCUCCCCCCACUUCUCUGCUAACCUCAUAGUGACCCACUCGGCUGUCCACCGAGUCCUUUUCCCCCUUGAGUGCUCAUCCCCCACCCGUUGCUUCUGUACCAAGCUGUGAGUGAAGUGUGUGUUAACUU